GCAAUUGUGGCACAGUCAGUGCCGUUUGGGGCCAUCAGCAGGAAGCAGGAUUGUACGGUAUUUGUCCUGCGACGUCGCGUUCACAAAAAACACACCAAAUUGUAGCCAGUAAAAGAAAAAAAAAGCAGCAGAAGCAUUCAGUUCUUCACCGAACUCAGUGUAUAAAACGGUACUCGGGUCCUCAGACUUUUUACAGUGGCCGGGGGCGAUGGCUAGUCUGCGAAACUAAUCCAAAUAUAAACCAAAAUCAAAGCGUUAACCGAACCAAAAAAAAAAAAAUCGAAAAGAAAAGAAAAGAAGCAGGAAAAUCUGCCAAGCAUAACUCUCGAGCACUGCCUACCACGCCACGCCCCCCGCAUUCGGCCGUGUGUCCCCGCCCACACAUGCGAAAAUAACCGUUACACGGCCGUUGAUGCUGCGCUCUGCGGAAAAUAAGAAGAAGAAGAAGUAGGGCCCCCCUCCACCCCCAAGUAUAUAGUACAUAUUUACCUAUUUACAUAUUUGCACGUAGGUAACCCCCACCGAGUAUUUGCCACUCGAAAAAAAAGUGUUACCAAAGUGCUUUCGAACUCGUUAAUUCUCGCCCAGAAAAACGGACGGUUGCGCCCCCCACCAAAAUGUUAUAUAAUGCAAAAAUUAAUGCCCCCGCAUUUCGGGGAGUUUUUCGCUCGUUCAUCAUAAUGCCGUUCGAUUCGCAGCGUUUAUAUGCGUAUAUAUAGAAACAACACAAAAAAGUAAAAGAAAACCAAAAACCCAAAAACCAAAAACCCGCUAAAGAGUGUUCCAAAGUUUUCGUGCUACGUUCCGGGCUUAUAUAAGCGGCUGUUGUACUGAAAUGAAAGGAUCCCACAGCCAGCACACGCACCAACAAAAAAAAAGAGAAAAUCCUUAUACAUAUACAUCUAGCCACGAGUGUGCGUGCGUUCGUGUGUGUGCGUGUGUGUGUGUGUGUGCGCAGUGUCAACGCAGCAAAUAAAACAAAAGUGAAAGUUAACACACAAAGAGCGAAGGCAGAAAGCCUGUGAAAAAAAGCGAAGAGGACAAUCGAGGAUUUAAAUGAAACACGAAAAAUGCUGAAUUGAAAGUCUAGAUUCCUUUGUGAUACACACGUUCUCAGGGGUUAUUAAAAGGCAAAAAGGAAGUGAUUUGGGACUUCUUUGUUUUAGGAUUGGUGUCUUUUAUUUGAAACAUGCUUCUUCGAUUUCCACUUCUUGGAUUUGGUGCUCUAACACCAAUACCAAUUGAGAGCGAACGCCAAGAGAGGGACACACACGCAUAGGCUUACCACCAAUACAGCGAAAGGGGCGACUUCUUUUGGUCCUGCGGCCUCUUUCACUUAUUCCUCUUCUUACUCUUCUUCUUCUCCUUGUUUCUAGCCAACUUCUUCUUGUUGGCUAAAAUACCAAAAAAAAAAAAAGAAGGGAAAAAAGUGGCAUGCGGAGUGCUUGCCUGGCUGCCCUAAGUAACUACUCACGCACACACUCGCGUUCGCAGGACCAAAAAGAGAGAGAAAGAGCGCGCGUGUGUGUGUGUGUGUGUGGGUGGGUGAGAGAGCUACGGCUUACACCCACGAAUUCGAGUCCUCGUGCUCCUUUAGUGGAUCCCUGCGUUGGCUGUUUUUGUGUGUUUGCAGCGAAAGCCAACAAAAACAAGAGAGAAAGCUGAAAGCAGAAGCAGAGCAGCGAAUUAUAUAAAUUUCUUUGCACUGCCUCUGUGCGUGUGUGUGUGUUAGAUAUACGGGAUUUCCACGACCGUUUUUUUCGGCUUUCUUCCUUUGUGCGGCGUUCGCGUUCGUUCGGUUUUACCGUUUACAAGCUUCGGCAAAACGAAGAGCUAGUGCCAUCUCGCUCUGUGCGAAAAAUAUUUAAACUAAAUUAACAUUAAACUGGAAAAAAAAAGACACCAAAGCGCCUUGAAAUGCCAUUAAUUUAUAACUCUUUCUAGACAAAUAAGUUCCCAAAACAUGUUCUUAGCCAUUAGCUUAAUGAUUUUGAGAGAGCGCAAAUAGAGCGCAUUGAGAAAUCGAGAGCGUGAGCGCACAAAAUAUUUUCGAACAUCACCCCCCUACUAAUUUUUUUUUGACUGAAAAACACACAUUAAAAUCGGAAAAAUGCUCCGAAAAGUGCCUAACCACAACUUCUUUAUCUUUGUGCAGAUUUCUUAAUUAAUUAAUUAUGUGAGCAACCCAAACCCCAACUAAAAAAAAAAAAUUAAGAAAAAAAAACCAAAUCAACGAAGCAAACGAAUUUCAAAAUGUCCAAUUCCAAUUCCAAGGUUAUUGUGCACCACCAGCAAAUACAACAAUAAUACAAAUAAUUAAAUAAUAAUAUUAUGAGAGUAACAGAAAAUUAAAGCGUUAAGCGGAGUGAGUUUUUUUCAAUCCAAAAAAUCGUGGCCUCCUAAAACCAAAAAAAAAGCUUACUUUUCGAAUGCUGGCCAGUGAUUAGCUGGCGAAAGGAACUGGGAAUCUGGCCGGGAUUCAUGCCGCUGGAUGUGGACGACGCAGGGCAGCAACUGAAGCUGGAGCGGCUCUGGCGGAGGGACAAGAGGGAUCAGAGGGAUCAGAGGGACAAGAGGGAUCAGAAGGAUCAGACGACGGGUCGAGAGAGAGCCGAUCGCCGAUCGCCAACUAAGAAUACCGCUCCGCAGCCCACACUACUGAUGAUGAUGGGGCCAUGAGCCCAUCAUUACUCGCAUUGAAUUGGAGUCGCAAGCGCGUCUCAAGCGGGCCUGCACCAUGCUAGCACCGCCGAACCCGAGGUCAAUAUGCGGCCAGGACCCGGGCUGGUCGUGAUGGCGCUUGCGUUUAUUUCGGGGGCUCGGCGUGGCAGCAGCAGCAGCAUCAGCUCAGCAACAGCAACACCAACAGCAACAGCGGCAACACCUGCGGCAGCAGCAAUAUCUGCGGCAGCAACAUCCGCAGCAGGAGCAACCACAUCGGACGGCGGUGGAAGCAGGGGGGGCAGAGGCAGAGGCGGUGGAGUUGCAACCACGUUACCGUCCACUGGCGAAUCGUCAUCGUCGUCAUUCGUUCGCAGCUCUGGCUCGUACCUGCUGCCCAUCUUCCUGCCCCACCAUUUCGAGUUUGCGCUCCACUUUCAGCACCCCCAACUGCCGCCGCGGGAGUACAGCCAGUACCAGCAGGCGCACUCCGAGUCCUGGAUAUCCUCGAGGAUUGCGGACAGGAGGCAGCAGAGGCGGAGGCGUCGCGAGAGCAGCAGCAGCAGCAGGGACAUAGCAGGUAGGGCAGGCGGAACGGCAGCGGGAGUGGGUGCGGCAAAAGGAGGUCCUGCAGCAGCGGGAUUAGGAGUCACAGAGUUCGGCGACCAGCAGGAAGCGGAUCCGGAGGCGGAGCAAGAUCGCGGCCUGACCGUGCAGUUCCCCUCGUCGCAGGCCUACGACGAGGACCAGGACAUCUUCGCCCUGGUGGCCGAGGACGAUCUGCUGUCCGAGGAGUCCUUCGAUCGCCUGAUCAAGCUCAACGAAGACGCCGACGAGGAGGACUACAAUCUGCAGCGGCAACAGCAACCCGAAGCGGAAACGGAAAUAGACACAGAGCCAGAGCCACAGAGCGAGACAGAGACAGAGACAGAGAGGGAAGCCGAAACGGAAACGGAAACUGAAACCGAACAGCAGCAGCAGGACGAGAGCCGACUGAUUGAUGAGGGUGUCCUGCAGCACAACGACAACGGCAACAGAAACAGCAACGGCCACUCGAAGGAGUUCGCCAACAGCUACGAUAAUAACAAUAACAAACGAGAGGCCAGCGGCCACAUCCUUGAUGCCCAGACGGCCCAGCUGAUUGGCCACAAGGAUAACAGCCUGUCCGCCGUGGUCACCACCGAGUCGGCAGGAGCCAGCAACAGCAAAAGCAACAGCAAAAGCAACAGCAAAAGCAACAGCAAAAGCAACAGCAAAAGCAACAGCGACAGCGGCACCACCACCACAUCCUUGCCAGCACCCGUGGAUCUGAAGAAGUCCAUACUCGGCACUGCGACUUCGUUAACACGCCUUAAUCCUUGGAUAUCAGCCUGUGAUCUGGCACAGCCGGGCACAGCAACCGACUUGCAGGGUCAGUGCUCGGCUGGUACACUGCCCAUGGCCUGGGUCGAUGAGGGACCCGGGCCCCCAAUCUGCCCCCGAUCCUGCGCCGAACAGCAGCAACAGAGGCCGGCGGCCUCCAAGGCGAAGCGGAGCGCCACCAGUAACAAUAAAGUCAAGUAUUUCGUAAACUAUAAGACAGCCCAGAUGCGUUUGCGUCGCGGUGGGGAGUACGCGAUGGACGCCACAGAGAGCCAUGCCCCGGCGGCCAGCGAGCGGCCAAUGAGCACCACCGACGACCAGGAGGAUUUGGAUGGGUCCUCGUUCUCCACCAGCACCACCACCAUUCCCAUUACCACAGAGGAGGAGGAGCUGGUGCGGGAACCGCAGCCGACGCUUGCUUAUAGCCAUCUGCAUGCCCAGGAGCCGAUCCUGAUCCAACAGCAGGAUGAGCAGGAUGAGCAGGAGGAGCAACAACAGUGCCUUGAAUAUCUGGGCGAUUCCGCCGAGUCGAGUCCGCAGCAUUUGUGUGGCCUCCAAUCACCUGGUCACCUGCUGGAGCGGCUGAGGGUCCUGCGGCUGCGCAACUGCUGCGAGAGGAGCGUCUUCAGCGCCCUGCACACGCUGGCCUUGAACGCCAGCCUAUCGGAUCGCAGCGAGUGCGUCCGCGUGCUCAGCGAUCUGCUGGACGUGGACGGACUGGCCAACAGGAUCACCUGCGAGCUGGCCGAGAUUCUGUUCCGUUUCGACUGCCGGCAGGUCUACUCGCUGAUCAAUCAGUGCGACGACUGUAAGGAAGCAUAUCGUCGCUGGGUCUGCAGUACACUAGUGCCAUACUUUGCCGAGCCAAAGGACGUGUCGCCGAAGCAGAAGCCAAAGCCAAAGGACGAUGGCCAGGGCGGCAAGAGCAAACGCUCGGCGCGAAGUGCAGCGAUGGCGACGACGGACCACCGGCUGGACGGCAUCAAGCAUAAAUCUCUGAAAUUAAUCAGCAAUAACAAUAAAUCAAAUAACGGCAAUAACAUGAACGAGCAUCAGAUUAAUCAGAAGCAUGACAAGAGCUCCAAUGCGAACGCGAAUGCGAAUGCCAAUGCGAAAGCCAUUGCGAAUGCGAACUCAAACUCAAACGCCAGCGCCAACAAGGACAUUGACCGCAGCGUGGAGGAGGCGAUUGGCAGGGACCUGGCUCAGACAUUCUACGAUGUUGUUGGCCUGUCUAAGCCCCGUCACGGAGGAGCGGAGCUACAGAUCCAGGUCCUGCCAGAUGACGACGACGAACCAGCACCCGAUGCAGACUCCGAGGUCGAAACGGAUACGGAUACAGAUGGGGAUGGAGAGGGGGACAGCCAGAGGGACAGGGAGGCGGAGAGGAAGGAUACGGAUAGGGAUACGGAGAACAACACGGAGGCCGAGGCCGAACAACAAUCCAAUAAUUUCAUAUCGACUGCCAAUAAUUCGGAUCCCAGAGCCACGGAUCCAGUGAUAUCAAAACUACAGAAGAGAUCAACACGCAAGACAGAGUUCCGUAAGCGGCGCCGUAUCCGGCCGUGUCUGAGCGUCUGCCAAACCGUGGAACAAAAGUGCCCCUACCUGCUGCCCGCCGAUCGCGCCCCCGCGCUGCCCACCCAAUAUGCCGGCGAGCCGACAUUUCUCUGCCUAGAUCAAAACAUACCCGAAACAGGGGCGCAGCUGGAGAAGUCGAGCUACGGCCCCAACGACUGCUGCUACAGCUACUGCAAUGGCCCGUCGUCGGGCAUCUGCACCGUGUGCCCGGACUUCGGCCAGGGAACGGAUCCGGAUCCGGAUGCGGAUGCGAGCAACUCCACCCGCCGAGUGCACAACAUCACCAUCUCGCUCAGUUCGCCGCCCGGGGAGCAUGCUCGGGCCAAGAGCGUGGCUCUGGCGCUGCGGAACGUGAGCCGCAGUGGCGGCGAUCCGGAUGCCGUGGACGCGCUGAUCGAACGCCUGCCGUACUACGCCCGCCACGAGGGCAUCUUCUACUACGACGAGGAGGGCGAGAUGCCGCCGGCCUCGCUCUCCGGCGACUGUGCCGUGGUGCCGGCCGUGACCACGCGCUGCACCAUUCCGUACUAUGCCUCCGGCACGGAGGCGGUGGCCAAGCCUCCCACGCAGCUGCUGAUCUGGCUGAGCGCCCUGCUCGGCCUGCUGAGCAGCUGUGGAGCGGCCAGGCAGCGGUGGAGCAGUGGUUGCCAGUGGAGCAGUGGCUGCGGUGGUGGGCACCGGGCACAGCCGGGCAGUCGCCAGGCGCUCACCUGCGAGGCCAGCUGCCACGAGCAGGAGCUGGUGAAGAGCCGCAGCAGCGGGCAAAGGACUCCGGCAGCGGCUAAGGAGAAGCAGCAGCAGCAAAAGCAGCAGCAGCAGCAGCCUAAGGACCUGCCCCCCAGGUACUGGCUGUGGUCCACGUCCUGGCACUCGUACAGGUUGACCUGCAGCAAAGUGCGAUACUUUAGUAGCCGCAGCAAGUUCAAAGGCGAGAAGGGAACCAAGGAACGGGCGGACGCAAGUGGAGGAAUGCAGUGGAGUCGGGGGGCAGGGUGCAUUGGGACUAGGAACUAUCGCUACUUCUACUACUACAACUACAACAUCAACGAUUGGUGGCGGAGAUGGUGGCGCUGUCUGAGCAGCGGCGCCUUAUAGUGCCUGCAAAAUGUAUGCGGCCAGGGGAAACAGUGCCAGUGGAAGUGGCAGUGGCAGGACAACAAUGACGACUCCCUCUCUCUAGUGAACAAGCGAUACCAAAAACUAAUAAUAAUAGCUAAAUCAGAAACGAUACAUUAUUGAUGUAGCAAUGGUCAAACAACAGAUACACACACACACACACACACAGCAACACACACAAAAACACACCAUGAAAUGCGUAUGCGUAUUAAACGAAGCGAAAAACAGAAAUCACUUAAAUAUUUAUGGUCCUCUUUCAAACGAAAUAAAAACAAGCAUGAAUUAAUUAUAAAUCUCUAUUGAAACAAAACCAAAAUAGCAUAUUUUAUUACAAUUAGAACAAAGAAUAUGAAUAUUUAAUUAAACAAAAAGCAACUGCCACAAGAAUAGGUUUUUUAGAUAAACGAUAACGGAAGUAUAAAAAGAAACAAAAAAAAAAAAAACAAGAAGACAUUUAACAAAACGCAUACAACUAAAAUAUAAAAGGGGAUAGCGACGAAAAAUAUAAAUAGUUAAUACUUUAAUUACUGGCGAACACAAAUACAAAAAACAUUUAGGUUAGCUAAGAAAACCAAACAAGGCAAAACGAGAAGAAAAAUCCAAAUUUACUAGACUAUAAAUUUGAAAACGGCAAAAGCGAUUAUAGGAAAUUGAGAGAAAAUCCAAGGAUAGUAAGGACAGAAUUUCAGUCAGAAAAACCAAAAAAAAAACAACGUAUAGGCCGCGUAUCAACCACCUUUCAAAGAAAAAGCGAAACGUGAACUUUACUUAAAUUAGUUUAAACAAAUACAUAUGCACAUGCGCAUGUGUAUGGAAAAAUACUAUAGUCAAGGUGGGCGCGAUUUGAUUAACAAUUAAAACAAUUAACGGGAAAGGAAAACCAAAUGAAGCCGCAAAAGUGUCUAAAAAUGUCUUUAUUUAGUUUAAAAAUAAAUAAGUGGAAACGUAAACAUUUGUAUAAUCCAAAAAAAACAAAAGAGCCAAAAUGAAAAAUGAAAAAAUGAAAUAAGAGAAGAGUAUGUAAAACGCACAGUAAAAACGUAUCUUUAAGAUUCAUCGACCGACGACAUAGCAAAGGGGAUUCUAGCGGAAAUUUGGAUUCGGGUAACAAACGGAAGCAUUACCAGCAUAUAGAACCAUGCGCCACAUAACACAUGUAUGUAAUUGCAUAUAUGUACGAUAGAUAUAGUCAAAAAUGUGCAACGUAAGCCCCAAAAUAAGAUAGAGAGGCGUGGUCAGAAACAACAACAACAACAAUAUACCUACUAUAUAAAUACUAACAAUGAAUAAUAAUACUUUUUGUAAUAAAGUGAACUCUAUGUAGCAUAUAUAUAUAUUAAUUAUAUAUAUGAAAUAUAUAUAUUUAUAUAAUAUAUAUUGUCUUAACAACUUAUCGUACAUAACUUGCAGCAAAAAAUGAAAACUAUGAGAAGAAAAAACCAAACGAGAUCCCCUAACGGCGAAAACAGAAAACCAAACGUAUAUAAUUAAGUAAUAUUGAAAUAAUUAGUCGUAUUUGGUAUUAACUAUUAACUAUUAAAGUAAGAACUAAACAAUUUGAGAGAACCCUCUGAUAGAGCACACUCGCCCACACUGUCACAGAUAUAGAAAGACACCUUCUUUGAGCACUCUCCUAAUGGUUCAGUUAGUUUCCCUCACCCAAUCACCUUCGACCCUUCACCUUCGACCUUUCACCUUCAACAUUUCACCUACCAGCUGUCACCUGUCACUCCACUCCAACCCAAUCUCACUUCUUUGAUACCCUUCCAUGUUUUCUGGGAAUAUGUGUUUUGUUCGAUCUUUUUCUCUGAGGUCUAUUAUCGAACGGUUUAACCCACUGCAGGCAGUGUCAGAGUUACCAGGAUUUAAGUCUAUUAGGAAUUCUUUUCCGUUGGUUAAUCGAAACGUUUCCAACACGAAUUUCCACAACAAGUUUGCAUUACAAAAAAAAAACUGACGAAAUUACUUUAGGAGGAGGUAAGCAGGAUACGAGAAGGACGAUGGUAUGGAUUUUGUUAGAUGUUGUAG